GUGGCAUCAGUUUCCAAGGAUGGCGUAGACUGGCAAGCAAGAUGACAUUUCCUGGAUUGCCAAGUCGCGUGAUUUCAAAUUCCAGCGCGCGGUACGGACCCCUCUGUAUAUAUCUCACCUAAAGAAUUAAGAAUCCCCAAGCAUGCAGGCCUUAACUGUUUCCCGGGAACAUCUUAACUGUUACUUUAACCAAUCACGACUAGGCACGUUAUCGCUGCUGAUUUUCACUUUUUCAGUCUGGGUUUCUUCUGGAGGUUUGAGAGUUUGAUCAUGGAUGAUGUGUAUGCAAAGUUCAUUGAGAGAAUGAACCCAACAAGAGUUGUGAUUGACAAUGAGUCCUGUGAGCUUGCCACCAUUAUAGAGGUUGUUAGUACUAUUAGGCAAGGAAUACUCCUUGAAGUUGUCCAAGUACUUGCAGACUUAGACCUCAUCAUAACAAAAGCAUACGUCUCCUCUGAUGGAGGAUGGUUCAUGAAUGUGUUUAAUGUGACUGACUGUGAUGGGAACAAAGUUAGAGAUGAUGGGAUCCUCGAUUAUAUACAGAAGGCAAGUGAUUAUAGCAGCAGUAUUUUUCACUACUUUCUUUUCGUUUGGUUGGUAUAUCUUAGUUCUUUCGUUCCAAGAUCACCUCCAUUCGCAAGUGAAAUCUCGAUUAGCAUUGUCUGGCUGAGCGAUGAAGCCUUUUAUCUGGCUAGCACUUGGUUCAUGUUACAUGUUGAAACUGAUGCGUGUUGCUUAGAGUCAAUGAGAGGGUUAACUGGGGGAAUGCCCUCGGAGGAGCAUACGUCAAUUGAACUAACUGGCAUUGAUAGGCCUGGGCUGUUGUCAGAAGUAUUUGCAGUACUUACAGACCUCAGGUGCAAUGUGGUGAACGGAGAAAUAUGGACACACAAUUCUAGAGCUGCUGCUGUUAUUGACGUGACAGAACAGUCAACUGGACAAGCAAUUGAAGAUCCAAAACGGCUCUCUACUAUCAAGCAACUGCUUUGCAAUGUCCUCCAAGGAAAUAUCAGUUUUAUGACACCUAGAAUCACAAUAUCCUCAUCUGGGGUAACACACAGACAAAGGAGAUUACAUCAAUUGAUGUUUGCCGAUAGGGAUUUCGAAAGGCUUGAAGACGUCGAGCAUAGUUCAAGAAUCCAUGUUUGCGUAUUAGAUUGUAAUGAUAGAGACUAUACUGUUGUCUCCAUAAGAUCCAAAGACCGGCCGAAGCUUUUGUUUGACACUCUGUGCACUCUAACAGAUAUGCAGUAUGUGGUGUUCCACGGGACUGUCAUCACAGAAAGGAUGGAAGCUCAUCAGGAAUACUACAUCAGACAUAUCGAUGGGCUUCCCGUAAGUUCAGAGGCUGAGAGACAACGUGUUAUAGAUUGCCUUGAAGCAGCCAUCCAGAGAAGAGCCUCUGAGGAACUGGAACUAGAACUGUGCAGUGAUGACAGACUCGGACUCCUCUCGGAUAUUACCAGAAUAUUUCGGGAAAAUGGUUUGCGCAUUAGACAGGCAGAGCUGGCAACAAGGGGAGGGAAACUCAAAGAUACAUUCUUUGUCACUGAUGUGUCUGGCCAACCUAUUGAUCCUAAAAACGUUGAUUUGAUUAGGCAACAGAUAGGACAAAACAUAUUGCGGGUGAAAGGGAACUUGAGUCUGUCUCCGAAAUUUCCUCAGGAGAUGGCAAGAAGUUUCCUCUUUACAAACCUUUUCAAAAGUCGAAGUUUUUAAGUUCCAACUUCCAAGCUCGUAUAAUCUUUGCCUAUAGUUCGCUCAUGUUAUUUCUAGGAAGGAACAGCAUAUAGACAUUGAGUGCGAUUUCAGAACAAAGGACAACAAAAUUUAGUCACCAUACAUGGCAGGAAUGAUGAUAUAUCGUUUCUUUUGGCUGCGAAAUUGUGUGCGAGUGUGAAGGAAAUAAAUUGUAGAAAUACAAGGAAACAUUGGAUUAUACAGAAUUGAUAUAGGAAUUGUUGUCUAAACCAUAAUCAUUCAUGGCAGUGACAUUGCUAGAUAUUCUAAUGUAAAAUCAAGGUGAAGACUUCAGAUUGAUACAAGAGUAGAAGAUAAAGACUACCAAGGAAAUAGUAUUGAACCUUGUGUCACGAACAUUUCUAAAGAGGUUAUAGCCAACUAAUGGUACGAAUAUGGUGUUCAUCAGCCCUAAUUGUAAGUUUAAGUGCCAAUUGGCGGUAACAUCAAUUUCCGCUU